GGAAGAGAAACGUAGCUAGGUUAAUUCAGUCUAACAAAGUGUUUACGAGUAGCGUUAACAUACUUCAACUUAGUUUUAGCGAGGUUUUAUCGCCUAGAGUAAUGAUUAACCUUUUCCCUGAGAAUAAACGUUAACUAAUAGUGUCGGUCAUGUAGCUAAAAUAGGUAGUGGGAGAACUUGGUGCCACCUUGCUAGCAAACAAGAGACGCUAUUAGCAUGUUUUGUCAACCGAAUAUGGUUUAACGCUAACUAAAAUAAUGUCAAGCAAUAAUUUUCCACCAGUGCACCAUUUACCACACUGGACCCGCAUUGGGAGUUUAAGCAGGACUUGUUCUCCACUACGUUUACCUGCCAGCCAACUAAAGCAGCUGCCUGUUCUCCCACCGCCGGUUGACAGAGACAGGGGACAGGUGAGGGUAGAGGAGGCGACCUGCCGCGGAGGCACCGACCCCCGCAUCGCUUCACUGGAGAGAAAUAUCCAGUUCCUUCAGCAACAGCACAAGGACACUCUUGGGAAGCUUCACACAGAAAUAGAAUACCUCAGACGGGAGAAUAAAGAGUUGCAGUAUAAGCUGAUAAUGGAGUCACCAAAGUCAAGUAGAAAAGGUUUGACAAACAGUCAACGAGGCAUUAGGCCGCCCACCCAGGGAAGUGAAGCUCGUAUGGGCAUCUAUCUGGAGGAGCAGCUCCAAGAUACACGACCACUGCAGGAUCAGGCGGUCAGCAUUGGAGAACUGAGUGAAACUCUAGGUUCAUCUAGGCAUGAUCAUGGUCCAGAGCUGAAGGGAGGCCUCAUCACUUCAUUACAGCCUCUACGAAUCCACAGCAGCCCCUCCCACCCACCACGAGCUCCCACACUACAGGAGUGUGAGGUCAUCAUUCGUCAGCUGUACAAUGCAAACAGUUUACAGUCUCAGGAAAUUAUACGUGUGAAGGCCGUGCUAAGAGAUAUUGUUUUGAGCAAAAAAAUUACUCCUGAAAACUACAUUCUCACCAAGACCUACCUUGCUGAUGGCACUCGCAAAUAUUCAGAAGUGGAGAGAUUGCCAAAGCUCGGUCUUCAAACGUUUCCUGACAAACUGUCUGGACCCUCUCAGUCUGGGGUGAUUUUACCAGCUCUCAAACAGACAUUCAGCACCAACAUUGCUGAGAGGCAGAGGAGGACACGUGCUGUUCAGAGGAACCGUUUUAAGAGGACAGUGCACUGAAUACAGAACGAACUCUAUCUUAUCAACACAUCCAGUUAAAGUAUUCAUGUUCUCUAGUUCCUUAUGCAGGACAGUAUGAAAGAACAAGGAAAAGGAAAAAAAUGUGAAUUUUGCACAUACAGAGAAUGUCUUAUAUUUAGCUUUGUGCUGGGUGUAAUGUAAAGCACUUGUACUACAAAGUUGCUCUUCAACAUAACACUAGCCAUUCAUUUUAGUUAGUGGAAGUCAGUGGGAAAUGGGUUUAGGAGGCAUAGUACUAAUGUUUUGCAGCUCUGCCAAAUCCUGGGCAUUGUUGUAAUUAUCUAUUUACAACAAAACCUAUUGUGGACUAAAUUGUUUGGAGGAUUCUGGCCGUACACUUGUGUAAAAUAAACACUAAAAAUCCAGUAAAAGAUUUAAACACAAAAGAACACUGUGAGAGUUUGUGUUUUAUAUUCCCUUUCAUUGAUUCAGGACAGAAUAUGUGAAUGCACCUUUUAACAUCACAGACUAGUCAGGUUAUGAUACAGCAACUAUUAUUAGCUUAGAUUUUAUAGAUU